UCGGAGUGAGAAGGAAAUGGGUGGCCAUCGGCUGCGACGGGCAGCCCUACGACAUGAUUUCGAAACUUAUCGAAGAUAAGCUGGUUUGCCUAAGUUGUACUACGCUUGUGGCGCGGGAAGAGGUCGAUCAACAUAGUAAGAUACACGCUGAUGCGGAGUAUAAGAAAUUCUAUGACUGGAUCAUGCUUAGACCCGGGGUUGGGCACGUAGAAAUGAAUGUGGCGAAAGCCAUAUUCAAACUACUUUGGACCCCUCUUCUUAGGCAUGUGUCAUCCAUCAUGGGGUUCAAGACAGCCAGAUCUCAAGCCUUCAUCCAAGGAUGUGGUGACAAUCAUAUCACGUGGCAGAUCAUUCGAGUAGUGACUGAAAGCAUACUCAAAGAGCUUCUUGUGCCAUAUGCGAGGCUUUGCUCAGAAAGAAAUCAGGUGCCAACGGUGGACGGAUACAUGGCUUGGGUGCAAGGUGUAAAGAACAACAACUACCAGAUGCUGUUCAAGUUUGCAAACCUCCUGGUAGCAUUCCACUUGAUGAGGAGUGGUGUGAGGAAAAACAACUCUAACGCGAUGCUCGCAGGCCGCCAGCGACUUGUGCCAAUCUUCUUCGUCGCUCAGCACCGCAUCUACCAGCGAUUGGUCCUGCGGGACAUGAUCGUCCGACAGCAACAGCCAAGCCCCGUCCGUGAAUACGUCAGAGCAACCACGUCCUACACCGUUACGGGCGACGAGACUCGGGGCGAAGGCGGUGAUUUCAUCCUUGAGGCCAAAAACAGAAGCACAAAAUCCUGGAUCCCUCCGGGCGUCCCAUCGAGCGGCCAGUGGAUUCAUGCCUCCCGCUGCUCUGAGAGGCUGGAGGGUGUCAAGACCAGCGUGCUUGAACGAUGCGGCGUCGCUCGUCAAAACGAUGCUAGCAUGGUAUCCCUUCAAGAAAACGAAGACAGGCUAAGGGCGGAAAUAAGGCGGCUGAAGUACCUGGAAAAGCCACAAGAAGAAGUCCAGCAACUCAUGUCACUAGAUGGUGAAGUUCUCCAUCCAUCCUUUGUGAACUUCGAUACCAUAGCUGACAAGAACUAUUCAGCAGCAAAGGAGGCAAUGCGUCUGGGCACUGCGCCGAAACCAGAGAAGUUGUACAUAACAACUGAUGAUGCGGACUUGACUAAAAUGACAAAAGCCGAAGUCUUAGAAAGAAUAUCACUAAGAGUAGAAGCACUGGGUUCAGAAGGGGAACGUGAAAGGUGGAGAAAGGAGAUUCAGAGGAAGAAGUCGAAAAACAAAGCUGCAAUGAUUGAGCUUUUAGAAGAACUAGAGGCUCAGCAACACCAGUUCGUAGAGGACGACAACGAAAUGGAUGCGGAUUAAAGGUGACGACGACGUUGGUCUACUGGGCGGACAGACGGUAUGGUGCGGACUUUCGUAGUUAUCGAAUACAGAUUGGCUGCAUUG